AUGGAUCAGGCAGCAUUCCCUGACGACGUUCUUCCACCCGAAGGCACAUAUGAAUCACGCGAGUCCUUACUUGAUGCUAUCAAUUCUUGGGCGAAACCUCGAGGGUACGCAUUUACAACAGGGAAAUCCCUCAAGACACCAAAUGGCAGAGUCAGAGUAAUAUUCGCUUGUGAUAGGAAUAAACCUCCUCCAAGCCCUUCUACUGAUCGAGUGCGACGCACUUCGAGCCGAAGAACUGGCUGCAAGUUUUCAGUUCUAGCCAAGCAAUCGCUAGAUGGUAGUACAUGGGUCUUGAGCCACCGACCUGACAUCGAAUGUGCUAAACAUAAUCACGCGCCCAGCGAUGAUCCUUCUGCACACCCUGCCCACCGCAAGCUUGCGGGAAAAGAUGCGGCGAUCGUCUCCAAACUCGUGAAAUCUGGAACUGCCCCUCGAGAAAUAAGGACCUAUCUCCAUAACCACUCAGAAACUCUUGCAACUCAGCGGGAUAUAUACAACCGGAUUGCGGCAACCAGGAGAGAUCUUCGCGAAGGCCAGAGCAGCAUUCAAGCCCUAGUCGACCAAUUAGAUAACGAGGGCUUUUGGUAUCGCGUCCGCUUGGAUGUAGACAAUCGACUGACGGCUAUCUUCUUUGCCCAUCCUGACUCUGUGGCGUAUUUACAAUGCAACCCGGACGUAUUAUUACUGGAUUGUACCUACAAGACGAAUAAACACGGUAUGCCGCUACUCGACAUGGUCGGAGUAGAUUCUAGCCAGCGGUCGUUCUGUAUCGCAUUUGCAUUUCUAUCCGGUGAAUCGGAAGAGGAUUACUCUUGGGCGUUACAACAUCUCAGGUCACUUUACCAGCGUGAACUUCCGUCAGUUGUCUUGACUGAUCGAUGCCUAGCUGCAAUGAACGCUGCUGCACAUUGGUUUCCAACGACCAAAGCGCUCCUCUGCCUCUGGCAUGUCAACAAAGCGGUCCUCCAGCGCUGCCGGCCCUUUUUUGUGCAGAAAGAAAACGAGACCUCAGAGCGGGCAGAAAAUGACACAUGGGAAGAAUUCUACACCUCCUGGCACUCGAUUGUUGCUUCACCAAGUGAAAAGAUAUUUGACGAGCGCCUGGCCAAGUUUGAACUGAAGUAUGGCGAAAAAUAUCCAGUGUGUGUAGGGUAUAUCAAGAUGUAUUGGCUCGAGCCGUACAAAGAGAUGAUCAUUAAAGCAUGGGUGGAUAUGCACUUGCAUUUCGGCAAUGUGGCCACCUCGAGGCAGGUGGCUUGUACUAUAUGCAAUUGA